AUGACGAGUAUAACGAGUGGAGCCAUUCAAACAGGCAGUAUUUCAUUGCCAGUAGGAAGCACAUGGUAUAUUUGCUCCGCUCAACCAACAACUAUAAUAAGUUAUGUUACCACAUACUCAAAUGUUUCAGUCACUCCCACGGCGGGCUUUGGCAAUGUUGCGCUAGUCAAUAAAAUAAGUCCCACAAUUACUGCAACUUCAGUAGGCCUUCUCAGUGCUGCCAUGACUCAGACCGAUCUCAACAAGUAUUUGAUAGGCGACGCUAAUUUGUUCUUGCCUACCUAUUCCUGUUUUGACGAUCGUGUACAGGUCUGUGCUAGAGGCAGCAAUUUGGGUCCACUCCCUAUAAGUGCUAUCUAUUGCGUUCUCGUAAUAAACCCGAAUUCGGUCACAUCCUUCGCCAAUGUCAUCGUCUCGUUUGACAACCAACCUAUUUCCAGUAGUACACCAUCAUCACCACCAUCAGUAGCAAAUCCGACGUCGAGCGCAGCGCAACCGACGGACGGCACCCCAACGACAACCAAGGCUUCUUAUACCACCGUGAUCACGGUUACGGAUAAUGGAGGCAUGAAGGUUAAAUGGGACUUUAUGAGCAUCUUUAUCUUUGGGCUUAGUUCGAUCAUUUGGUAUCUUGGGGGAUUAUUUUAG